AUUUUAAAAUUGUUUUCAAUCAGACAUUAGAUUCAAAACAGUCUUAUAUUCAAUCCAUUGAUCUCAUCGUCGGUUAACUCAGUCAUCACACAUCUGUUCAAUCAAUAACACAAAUGUUAUGAUAAAACCCAUUGAUUUGGUUUCAAACUUUUGGCUUUCUCUCCAUCUUCAGUAUCGCCCUCUUUGGUCACUCAUUGGCGUCGAAGACAUCAUUCAGAGAGAGAGAGAGAGAGAGAGUGGAGUCUCUGUACUCUUCAUAGGUUUGCAAUCAGAGUCUACGUUACAGACGUUUGUAAACAAAUCAUUUGAUUGUCUGCGACAAGUGAUGGCUGAGGCGACGCUUGAUAUGUCCACCAAUAUGUCGCCCACAAGAUAUUAUUGUCAUAAUUGCCAUCAAGAGUCAGAUCGUGUACUAUCGGAUUUUACGUGUCCUCUCUGUCGGUCGGGUUUUGUCGAAGAAAUCAAUCCAAAAGAUGGAAUGGACACAAACAGUCACGAUGAAGAUGACCAGUCAAUGGAUAUAUUGGAGCAUCUAUUGCCUGACCAGGAAGGCGACGGCGGCGCCGCUCGAAAUCAUAGUUCCAGUGACGGCGCAACAAACGGAGCAACCAGUUCUGGGCGACCACCGCUUGAUCGACCGUCGAUGAGAUAUACACCAAGCGAUGGCAAUCCACGACCACCGCAACCACCACCGACCGCACGAGUUAUUCAUUUUAAUGUGAUGACCAAUUCUGGCGGAACUAUUGACAACGCUCAGUCUUUGGAGGGGUUAUUUCAGCAGAUAUUGGCGAAUAUGACGAGUGGACAGAUGCCCGGUCGUGAUGGGUCGGGCGGCGGCGGCGGUGGUGUUGCCCGAGGAAUGAUUAACAUUGAUUUCCCGCUCCCAUUAUUUCAAGUACUUCAUGGCAAUCCUGGAGACUAUGCUUGGGGUGAGGGAGGACUCAAUGAAAUAAUAAGUCAAUUAUUAAAUCAAUUGGAUGGUUCUGGUCCGCUACCAAUGCCUCAAGAAGACAUCGAUCGUUUACCUAUUGUUACGAUAACUGAAGAUGAAAUUCAACGAGUGCUACAAUGCACUGUCUGUAUGGAAGACUAUAAAUUAGGCGAAAAAGUGAGACUAUUGGAGUGCAGUCACCGAUAUCAUGAUGAAUGUAUUGUUCCCUGGCUUAAAAUGCACGCCACAUGUCCGGUGUGUCGGAAAGAGUUGGCCACAAGUCGUAGUACAACGAAUCAGACCAGCAAUUCAUCGACUGGUCCUAAUAGUCGAUCACCACAUAAUCCUCGUCCACCGCCGCCGCCGGCCAGUGAUAAUAGCCGUUCAUCGAACGCAAACUAUCAGGACGAUGACGAAUACGACUAAUUAUAUAUAUAUUUAAUUUCAAGUAUAUAUAUAUUAUAAAAAUAUCUUGAUUUGUAUCGA